UUUCUAAGGGAAAUGAGAAGACUGUAAAGGGGAACUUUUAAUGCAUGUAAUUCCAGAAUAGUGCUAAACUUCCUUUUCACUCCUCAUUCGAUUUGAGGCCUCUAUAUCUUUGUACAUCAUCACUGGUUGCAAUGACGGGGUAGCUUUGUCACUUGGAACCCCACUUGCUGUUUUUCCCAUUUAUUUUCUCUUCUAUUCUGUUCAGACCUCUUUGGAAAGUGGACCAGAGUGUUUGGCUUCUGGAGAAUAGCUUGUCUCUGCAGUCAUGGGAUCUGGCUUGAUUGGUGCCUUUGUGUUCCUUCUGUGCAUGUGGCUAUGUGACAUGAGUUCCCAGAACCUCAUCAAGGACCAGAAGAACCAAAAGAUGGAGCCAACACUCCUGAUUAAUGAGGUCAAUGCAGAUAAUCCAGGAGAAGACACCAUGGAGUAUUUGGAACUGUAUCAUAUCAGUGGACAAAGAGUUGCUUUGGACAGAUAUCAUGUAGUCUUCUACAAUGGAAAGGGAAACAUGGCCUACCAAGUCAUAAAUCUUAGUGGCUUUUUCACAGAUGACCAGGGUUUUCUCCUGAUUGGGUCUGGCAGUGUUAUCCCAAGGCCAACUAUAAUCCUCUCAAAGAGCACAAUCCAGAAUGGACCAGAUGCAAUUGCUCUCUAUUUUGGGAGAACAGACUUGUAUCAAGGCAUGCCUGUCGACAGUGAAGGCCUGGUGGAUGCUUUGGUGCAUAAAUCUAAUAAAAGGGACAAAGCAUAUGAGUUGGUUCGUGUUCUGACCCCUGGCACAGAACCCUUCUUGGAGGACCCUUUAUUCUGGACCAUUGAUGAGUCUCUGGAGAGGUGCCAAGGGAGGGAUUCCCAGAGAUUCUUCCAAGUAGGGAUGCCAACCCCAGGCUCCGAUAACCACUGUAUUCCUUUCUCACAGUUGAAUGCAUCUUUUUUGCUGAUCAAUGAAGUUAAGCUGGUAUUCUCCCCUGGAGACUUUGAGUUUGUAGAGCUCCAAGGUCCCCCUUCCACAGAGGUGAAGGACCUGGUGAUGGUGCUGAUUGAAGGAAGUACACAAAAGAUCUACUUUGUCAUGGAAGUGAAGGGUGAAACUUCUCCCGAUGGGUUACUUCUGUUGGGUUCAGGACCGUCCAAAAUUCCAGGGGGUGCAGAUCAUCUGCAGUUCCCCCAGAAUUCCAACACCCCCCUUCUCAAAGCAGGCACCCAUGCCGUUGCCCUGUACAGGGGAACCAUCAGCCACUUCAUGGUGGGCUCCACUGCGGCAUCAGCAUCAACCCUUCUGGACGCCUUGGCAUACACAACACUUGAACAGCCAGAUUCACAACUGCAGGACAUCUUGACUCCUGGGAGGCCUCCCUUCUACAUGAGCACACAAACCCAGCAGGAUGGUGCAUCGGUGAGCCGGUGUGUCUGCUGCUCCAUCACCCGGGAUCCUUCCACCUAUGCCCUUGCCAAGCCUACACCUUUGCAAUUCAACGAUUGCCCGAAAAAGCGCUUUAGCCGAAACAUUUCCCUGUGUUUUCAAGUAGUAGAUUGCCAGCGAAAAGAUCAGGACGAAAGUGUGAUACUGGGAGUUUUGGCCCAGUCUUUGGAGAAACGAUGCAACUGCAGUCUUUCUCCUGCUUAUUUCAAAGAUCCUGUUUUAACAUGUGAAGGUGGAAAAAUUAUUUUCAUGGCACUCCUGAGCGCCCGAUCAGCAGAGCAGCUGGACCGCGAGAUGCAGGCCCUCUUAACUUUGGUGAAGAGUGAGGAACUGAUGCACUUUGGAAACCAGAACACCAGCAUAGCGAUUCAGACUUGUUCAAGUGAUGCAAAUGGGACAGACACACCUCCAGGGCUAACAUCGGAAAACCCAAGGACAACUAGAGAACCUCCAGCCCUGGAGCUGCUUAUCAAUGAAGUGAACGCAGACAAUCCUGGAGCCCGAGAGGACACGGAAUACGUUGAGUUGUUCUACCCGGGACAAGCACCAUUUUCACUCGAGAGCUACUGGCUUGUUCUCUACAACGGCAAGAACAACUUAGCUUAUAAAGUCUUGAACCUGACAGGCUACUGGACCAACGAGUGGGGCUACUUCCUUGUUGGGAGUGGUGGAGUGAUCCCCAAGCCCUCACUUGUUUUGCCAGAUGCCACCAUCCAGAAUGGUGUAGACGCUGUGGCGCUCUACCGCAACCCCAACCCUGUCUAUAAAACCAACAUGCAGGUGACUGUUGAUGGGCUGAUUGACGCUGUAGUGUACAGAGCCCGGGGUUCAGAGAAGGCUGACAAGCUUGUGUCUCUUCUCACUCCGGGGCAGAAUGUCCUCCAUGAAAAUGAUUCUCAUAGCACCGAAGACGAGUCCAUCAGCCGAUGUCUCAGCCUGAAGCCUAGAGACUCCAGGAGCUUCCAGGUGACUCUAACAACGCCUCUUCGUGAAAACGCUUGCGUGUCCUUUAACCUGAAUUCCACAGAGGAGGUGCUCCAUAAUUCUUCCACUGUCAUCAACGAAGUGGGCGUGGCCAACGACUCAUUUCCGUACAAGUUCAUUGAACUGAAAGGGAAGCCGGGAGACAGCUUAAAAAAAUACACAUUGCAUUUCUUCUCUGGAGAUCAUCACUGGCCGUACACCAGCAUCCACCUGCAAGGCGAAUUUGGGAGCAAUGGCCUCUUUGUUGUCAUGCCAGGACACAUGUCCCCAGGUGGUAAGGCUAAUGAGCAGCUGGUGAUGCCCUCUCUCUGGAAUCACCCAUCCUCGAAGCAGGAGACCAUAACUGUGGGCAUAUUCAGCCAUAAAGUGCGGCUUCCUUAUGGCACUCUGAACAUUGUACAGAAAGCAGAAGAUAUUUUAACGUGGAGGCCUGGGAUAGUCCCUCAAAUCUCCUUUAUACCUGGGAAAAGAGAAAGAGUGUGGUCUCUCAGUCGCUGCCCUUUCUGCAGGGAAGGCUUUCUCAUCUCUGACCCCACCCCAGGCUUGGAGAACAGCUGUCCUCAGAAGCCUCUGUCCUUGGAUCUUGGAAUGUGCCUGCUGACACCUAACUGUUCCUUCUGGUUUCAAAAUCCACAGCUACAAGCUCGCUUCUGGCAAACGCUAGUGAGAUCCAUGGAAGACAGCUGUUCAUGUGGGAUCUCUUGGUGCUCUCUGCAAGGACUGAAUUUUACCUGCUCUAACACCACACUGGAACUCUCUGGUCAGGUGUGGGCCAGGUCACCGGAACAGCUGCAGCUCCUUAGCCAGUGGCAAUUGAAUUUCUCCUUAAGUCCCCACCCAUUUUCUGUGGAUGGGAUAUUGCUCAAAGCUAACACACCCUGUACAUCUUCCAGUGAAGGAGUACCAGUAUCUAAAGCUUCACUUCAAACCUGGGAAAUUGCUCUCUGGAUCUUGGGUUCCGUCUUGCUAAUACUGCUGUUAAUCGGCGUAACCUUAUAUUGUAUGAAAAGACCACAGAAUUACAACAAUAUUGAACUGAACGAUCGCUGCGAGAUUAUGUCAGACAUCUGAUUCUCCCAGGAUGAGUCUCCUUGGGAAAAGGAUUUUUGGAUCUAGUGAAGAGGCAAAUCGCAGAGGAACUUUCCAGCCAAGGGAUCAAAAUCCUGGGUGUAUUCGUUUUGAGGCUGAUGUUUUUGUUCUUCCAUGGGGUGUGCGAAACCUACCUCUUUGUUUCUACAGCGUCUCUCACUGCCAUUAUGCAUUGGGUGAAAAAUUGGUGGGGUGCCUUGACAUUUCCUCCACCCACCAUGAAAAAAAAUGUGUAGGCAGAGUUACUUUUUUCCACCCCCUAAUUUAGAGAGCCAAUUUGGUGUCGUGGUUAAGGCCCCAGACUGGAAACUGAGAGACCGUGAGUUCUAGUCCUUUUAGGGACAAAGCCAGUUGGGUGAUCUGGGCCAGCCACCCUCUCUCAGCCCUAGGAAGGAGGCAAUGACAAACCACUUCUGAAAAACCUUGCCAAGAAAACUGCAGGGACUUUUCCAGGCCGUCUCCGAGAAGUGGACACAACUGAACGGAGAAAAGGAUAUGAAGGGGGGUUAUUGCUCAGCGGUAAAGCACUUUCUUUGGAGGCAGAAGACCUCAAAUUCAAUUCUAGUAGAUCUGAGAUAUUUUUUUCAGAGAGGAAAGGUUGAGGAGUGGGGGAAGACCUGCCUGAGUUGGCUCAUCUUUACAGAUUGUUCAUCUGAUCUAAGGUAGCUUCACUCCGCCUGAGCAAUGGACAGUCUUAGUUGUCAUGGGUGUUGCCAGUGGCAAUGAAUGCCCCAAAGGUGCUUGUGGAAGGGGACCUAUCUUAGGGGAGGGUGCCUGCUUUCCAUUCAGGUUCAUUUCCUAGUUCAGGAAAUAGGAAAGAUCAGUUUAGGCACAGUUUCACGAAGCGUUGGUUCAGUUCACAUCUUGAGCUACGGGCAAGGAAGUGACUAGACACAAGGCAGGUUCCUGUGGUCCCCUCCCUCUUUUCAAACAACAAAAGUCAGUGUCCAAGCAAAUGAAACAAAAGAAGUCUUCCUUGUCCAAACAUUCCAUUCUUCCCCAGAAUUAAACGGAGGGGCUUGUAUACUUAAAAUUUGUUUGUAAUCUUAACAUUACUUACAUAGCUACAAGCUUGGCAGACUUGAAUGUCUUGCUCGCACUACGGCAAAAAUAAGAAUUAAAAGCAAUGACACAAGGAGAAGAUAGUGUAAAUCGUGAUGGUGCUCUCCUGCAGGGGCAGAGCCCAAUUUUAGCAUCCCCCAAAUGCUCUCUUCCAGAGCCAACUUCUCAUGUCUCUACAGAAGGGAAUAUACUUCUUCUGUUUCUUCUGCCCUGAGCCUAUGCGUAAGCUCUCCAAGAUAGGCCAGGUGAGCAAACAGACACCCACAAGCAAUAGCAGAACUCUAUUUUAUUGAUAUAGGCCAGUGUUUCUCAACCUUGGCAACUUGAAGAUGUGUGGACUUCAAUUCCCAGAAUUCCCCAGCCCAGAAUCCCCCCCAUGGCUGGCUGGGGGAUUCUGGGAGUUGAAGUCCACACAUCUUCAAGUUGCCACGGUUGAGAAAUAUUGAUAUAGGCAAUAGUAGCAGAAUCUUGGAAGCCUCCCUCUUAUACCAAAGAGAGUCAAGAUGGGACAAUCUUGAGUUUCUUUCUCAUGCUUUCCUGGUUUCCUGGGCUAAGCUCAUGUUUUGCUAACCGUUUCUGCAUAUCUUCUCCGAGGUCAUUUGCUGGGCUCCUCUACACUAUGCCACCUCCCAUACUGUUUGAUAAGUUUUUUUUUCUGAUGAAUGUGUACAAAGAACAGUGACCACUUGAAAAUUGACUUUUGAAAUCAACAGCACUCUCCAACACUCUGCAUAUUCUAGGGGAACAAGAACUCCCUAAGAAAUGCCAAACCAUUGCAGAGGUUCUAAACAACCAUUUUCUUUAGCAAAGCUAGGAGGCUACAGUAAGUUAUUAGUUUCUUGCAUCUGGGGCAGGCCUAGAACCAGCAUCUGAUGAAUAUAGAAGACUUACCGAGGGGAUUGAUCAAAGAACACAAUCUACCUUUCCAUGCCGAACUUCCAUGCAACUUCGGCAAGUGGAAAGUAACUCAAAACGGUACAGGGUGGUGCUCCAAGUACUUAUUUUCAGUAUUAGAACUGGAGCUUGACACACAUACCUUGCCCCUAGUUGUAUUCCUAAUCCCAAAGGUCUUUGAUUUCCAAGGGGUUCUGCAAGGUGUGUUGCAUAUUAAAAGCAGGCAGAGCUUCAGCUGCACCACCACAGCUGCACCUUGACUGCUUUGAACAUUCCCGGCAGAUACCCCUGUUGAUUCAGUUGCUUAGUUUGGGGAGAGGGUGGGAAUGCGAUCCCUCACAACCAUCUUACGUUUUUUUCCAUUUUUUAAAUCGUAGCGUUUUCUUGGCUUUUCCGGUUCUGGUAUUAUGGGAGCUGUGGAAUGAAUGUUUAAGGGUUUAUUAAUUCUUCUUUGUCCUCCGAUCAUGGGGGUUUUAUUAUGUUUGCUUUUGUUGUCCUUAGCGUGGAAAUUUAUUUUUACUGUUUGCGGUCGAUCGUAUUUUAUUGUGUUGUAAGCCGCAGGGAAUCAGAAUGAUUGGGCGGCGUGCCAACUGAAUGAAAAAUAAAUAAAAUAAAAAGUUGGAGUCCAAAACCA